AUGGCUUCUUCAAAUCCUAAAGAAGCGAUAAGACGACCCCAUAAAAAGUCUAGGUAUGGGUGCAAAAGCUGUAAGACAAGGCGAUUGAAGUGCGAUGAAACCAAACCAAUAUGUGCAAAUUGUCUGAGGCAUAGCAUACAAUGUGAAUAUUUAUUCUUACCUCUCAAUAAUCCUGCGCUUCAAGCACUUCCCACAAAGAAGUUACCUCUACCCACUACGGCGACAGUCACGCAACGAAAUGCUCAUUUCUCGCGUCCUGUUCCACGCAAUCCUAUAUCUUUCUACUUCCCGACCUCCAUUUCCACUACCGUCUCAGGAAAGGAUGAAGCACUUGAGUUCCGCUUAUUUCAACACUUCAUAAAUAUCACCGAUGUUCCUCAAUUAUUUUCUGUAUGCAACAUAUCAUUAUGGGUCAUUCAGCUCGCUUGUCGUCAUCGUUCAGUAAUGGAAGCUUUACUAGGCGUUUCUGCAUUUCAUCUCCGGAGUUCAUUUUCAUCAUCCUCUUCCGCUUUUCCUACCAGUGCAAUACCUGAAAGUAAAUCAGAGAGAGAAGUAAUAAAAGCUAGUCAUCAUUAUAUGGGACUAGCUAUCGCAACACAUCGGAAAUUAAUCAUCGAGGAGGGUGUUACAGAGAAGACAGCCGAUGCAGUUCUGGGGUCAUGUUUGUUCAUCACAUAUCAUGCUGCAGGAAGUCAAAAAUUCCUCAAUCAACCUCAUAAUUCGGAGCUCUCGUCCAGCAGCAAUACAGAAAGACACAGAGAAACAUGUAGAGUACCACUCCAUUGGUUCGUCCCCAUGAAAAGUCUCAAGGAUAUGAUAAACUUAGCCGCAACAUAUGUUCAAAACGAAGGCAUGAGAACACUUUUUGAAUGGGAAGAAGCCAAUUUUAGGGUCAUUCUACAAAAUGAAACGUCGCCGGACCCCGAUAACGAUUAUCCUACGACAUUCAAUUUUCUCCUCGACGAUUUACCGCUUGAUGCUCCGGAUUAUAAAACCUAUGCUAUCUGCACCAAAUAUCUGAAUAUCCUCGGCGGAGGUGAGAUCACUAAAUUUAUUCUGAAAUUCCCGGCAUUGGUACCCCCGAGAUUCGUGGAAUUGUUAAGGGAGAAAGAUAUGAGGAUGAUGGGUAUAGUUGGGUAUUUUUUGAUGUUGGUGAGGAGAGCAGAUCAUGAGAAACACUUGUGGUGGAUGGCAGGAGCGGUGGAAAAUGAUUGGGAGGGAAUGAAAUAUGCAUAUGAAAGUGAUGAGGUAUGGAAUAAGAGGAUGGAAUGGGCUAGGAGGGAGAUUGAGGGUGGUGAGUUUAUAGACUUUGGGAUUGGUGAGGCGUUGGCGAGAGUUUAG